UACUGUCAUUUUUUAGGUGCAGAUUUUGAGAAAAGUGUUUUACCUCUACAAAAUUUAUCGAGGAAGCCAACAAAUUACUAGAAAUAAUGUUGACAAGAACUUUGCUAACGAGAGCUAUUCUGCUCCGUAGGCUGCAAAACGCUGGCGACAGCUUGAAACAAACCAAACGAAAUGCAGGACAUGGAGUUUGGACGUACCGUGUACCGCCACCAAUGCCUUCAAAAAAAUCGAUUCGGUUAGCUCAAGGGCUUGGUGGAUUGUGCUGGUGGUGGAUUCUGUAUCACAUUGCAACUGAACCUGAGCACAUAACUGGUGAGUGGCCUUAUAUUGAUCCCAGUACAUGGACUGAUGAAGAGCUUGGAAUUCCUCCUGAUUCAGCAGGAUGCAUAAAGCAUUAAUGCAAAAGUAUAUUAGUCAUUGUACAAAGGAUGUCUUGCUGUUAUUUUGUUUAGAGAAAUAUAAGUUAUUUAAAAAAUGCAAA